AUUUAUCUUUUUUUCCAUUCAUUAAUGGGUGUGUGUACUUCAUAAAAAGCAAAGCCUAAUAAUAAUGAUAUAUCUAUCAAUUAAAAAAAGAAAUCAGAAGAACCAAACUCAAAUACUAAGCUCUUACUUUAACAAUACCAUAAUCUAAAUAAACUAUUAGAUCUUCUUGGCAAUCUAGAUCUAUUAGAUAAAAAAACUUAAGAUCAUAUUAAUCUAUUAUUUAGGAUUCGCAACAAUAUUAAAAUACUUAUCAUCCAUGACUUAAAGAAAAUCAUGAAAGAAUAAAACAUCUCGAAAAUAUCCACUUUUGAGGAUGAAGAAUUAUUAUACACAGAUUAAUAAUUCCUAAAAAGAAUCGUACCUUAAUUCUAAUAACUGAUUUCUGUACUUGACACUUUGCUUCAUAAUGACGAUUUCGAAAACGCUUUUCCUAUACUUAUUCAUGGUUUCCAAUAAAUAAAUGAAUCCAUUAAGAAAAUUCCAAUCUAAUAUACCCUUACUUAAACUAGAAAUUCAACCCUUUGA